CGCGUUAUGCGUGUCUGGUUACCGGAGGAUGGUCCUCUCCUCUACGCUGAUCUAUGCCAAUCCUAAACCCGAAAGAGACAACCAAAUGACCAAGUCAAAUCCUCGUACCAAAACAAAAUUUUCCAUACUUGGGGUAGGAGGGUACCGACCUCUCCCGCCAAAUUUAGACAUGGUCAUUGCCGAAACGGAGAGAGAGGGAGAGGGGAGCCAUUGAAGGAACUUCUCAUUUUUCUCCCUCUGCGGAGAAUUGGGAAGGUGGUUCGGUUGUGGUGGACGGCGGUAGUGGUGGUGCCAUUCCCGUCCCCGCCGGAGCCUGCCCGUGGCCGCCGUCUGCCCGCAAUCUAGAUUAGUUUCUCUGCGUACAUGGCUCUUCAGGCGCCGCCGUCUCAGGACGGCGCGAUCUUGACGGUUAUUGCCAUUGACACCGACAAGAACUGCCAGUCCGCCGUCAAAUGGGCCGUCGACAAUAUCUUGAGCAAGGCCCUUCCCUGCCUGCUCGUCCAUGUCAGGACCCUCAACGCACAACCUUAUGAUUUCAGUGCAAUGCCCAAAGGAACUCUGCCACCAACUGAAAGUGAGAUGAGAAGGCUGUUCCUUCCCUACCGUGGAUUCUGUGCCCGAAAAGGGAUUGACUCCAAGGACAUUGUCCUUCAUGACCUUAACAUUUCCAGCGCUCUUAUUGAUUAUAUCAAUACCAAUGCUAUUGGCUGCAUUAUUGUUGGUGCUUCAAAUCGGAGUGCUCUUACAAGGAAAUUUAAACCUCCAGAUGUGCCCAGUAGCCUUAUAAAAUCUGUUCCAGACUUCUGUUCAGUAUAUGUUAUUUCAAAAGGGAAGGUUCAGACUGUCCGACCUGCAACUAGAAGUGUGGCACAUAGCAGAGCCCCGCUUGCAAGUCUGUCACCUCCACAGAAACUUAUGCCGCACCAUCUGCUUGACAGUCCCCAAACAUUGAGCAAGUUCACAAUUGGCAGCAAGAAUUCUUCACCUACAUUUUCAAGGGAGAAUCUCAAUAUACCAUUUCACAAGCCUGCUUAUCCAGAUUCUACGUCAGAUAGCAGCUUUACAGGGCCCUUCAGCUUCCGAUCAACGGAUGCAUCUUCUGACAAUUUAGAAUUCUCCUGUGGGACAGGAAGUUCUGUGAGUUCUGUCUCCUCUCUUGGCACGGGUGAGAUGGAGGCUGAGAUGAGACGAUUGAAGCUUGAACUUAAGCAAACAAUGGACAUGUACAAUACUGCCUGCAGAGAAGCUGUCUCGGCCAAACAGAGGGAAAGAGAGCUUCAUCAACAAAUGACUCUGGAUGCAAACAAGUUUGAGGAAGCAAAAAUUGCUGAAGAGGCUGCAUUGACUAUGAUGGCAGCAGAAAAGCGGAAGAACCAGACUGCUAUGGAAGCAGCGCAGAUGACAAAAUGGUUAGCAGAGAUGGAGGCUGAAAAAAGAAAGAAAGCGGAAAUGAAGACGCGAGGGGGAGACGAGAAGGAAAGAGGAACAGGUGCAUAUGGUGACAGACCUCUUAUGUACAGGCAAUACACCAUUCAAGAGAUUGAAGCUGCCACAAAUUUCUUCUCAAGUUCAUUGAAAAUUGGUGAAGGUGGAUAUGGACCUGUUUAUAAAGCCACCCUUGAGUACACCCCUGUUGCCAUUAAAGUUUUGAGGCCAGAUGCAGCACAAGGGAGGAAACAAUUCCAACAAGAGGUUGAGGUACUAAGCUGCAUGAGACAUCCACACAUGGUUCUCCUCCUAGGUGCUUGCGCCGAGUAUGGAUGCCUUGUGUAUGAGUACAUGGAUAAUGGAAGCUUGGAAGACCGUCUCUUCCGAAAAAACAACUCUCGCCCAAUCUCAUGGCAGGCUCGCUUCAGAAUAGCAACAGAAAUUGCCACAGCUCUUCUUUUCCUUCACCAAGCAAAACCAGAGCCCUUGGUGCAUCGUGAUCUCAAGCCUGCCAACAUUCUCUUAGAUCGAAACUAUGUGAGCAAAAUCAGUGAUGUUGGCUUAGCGCGGCUUGUUCCACAAUCUGUAGCCGAUAGCGUCACUCAUUAUCACAUGACAGCGGCAGCUGGGACAUUUUGCUACAUAGACCCGGAGUAUCAACAAACUGGAAUGUUGGGUGUGAAAUCAGACAUAUAUUCACUGGGUGUAAUGUUGUUGCAAAUUAUUACAGCAAUGCCGCCAAUGGGCUUGGCCCUCAAGGUUGAAGGAGCUAUUGAGAGAGGAACAUUUGCAGAUAUACUUGAUCAAUCAGUGAAAGAUUGGCCUGUUGAAGAGGCUCUAUCAUUUGCAAAAAUGGCUUUAAAAUGUUGUGAGCUGAGGAAGAAGGACCGGCCAGACCUUGGGUCCGUGGUGUUGCCCCAGCUGCAGCAUCUCAGAAACCUUGGAAAGGAUAAUGGGGAUUUCAAAGGCAUGUGUAGUGGACCAAAUUCAUUUGAUUCAGGCGCAUAUGGGUCAUUUGAAUCAGGUAGUAGCCAGGGACGUUUCUGACGUGGAAAUGGAUACUUGAGAAAGUUCAAUAUCAGAACAUGGCAGACUAAUCAAGCUGAAACCAGAAGAUGGAGGCUGAAGAUUGACUUGUAACAGCGAGUUUCCUUCCUCCUAGUGCAAUAGGGAGAGCCCAACAAAAAAACAAAAACAAAAAACAAAACAAAACACAAAACACAAAACACACAAACAAAAAAAGAAAUGAAGAAGGAAAGAAAGAAAGAAAGAAAGAAAGUCGCAAUAAAAAACACAUUGUGAGGUUGGUGUUGUGAGGUUGUAACUUGUCCCCAUGGCUCAGUUAAAGAAACUCAUGUAUUUUGCUUUAAAAUAUCAGAAUUAUUGCAGAGUAUGCUUCUAGUACUGCUUCAACAAAUGACUUCAACUCACCAUAGCAAUAAACAUUCAUGAAGUAUUUUUCCCA